UAAACAUUUAGGCAUAAAUCUUUGUGAUUUCUUUGCUUUGAUUGUUAAUGUGGUUAAUGUGUAUUGUAGAAAAUUGAUCCGAGGUGAUCAUUAAUGAAUUGCAUUAACAGAUAUUAUUUUUCUUAUAUAAUUAAAAAGAAAGAAUGAAAGAAGGAACCAGUAUAAAAGAGUAAAAAAGGAGGGAUGUUGGGUGGAGUGAAGGAGGAUAGGGGAGUUUUCACUGGUUAUGAAACUCAAGGCACAAACACUUGGUUGGUUUUUUCCCCUUACAAUUUGCAAGUGGGAAAUACUGUGACUUCCAGUUAUAGGACUCAAACACACUGAAGCUGCAAAAGGAACAAGAUGAACAGAUUUUUUGGAAGAGAUUAAAAAGCUCAACCAUGGCAGUUUCCUUGCUCAGAAUUGGACGACUGGGAUCUCUAAAGGCCCUGCAGGCAGAAAGCUUGAGUGCAUUACAAACAGCCCCAGCUGUUGCUCUCAGUUCAAAAUCUGGGGAGGGCAAGAAGUCCAAAAAGUCCAAAAAAGAAAAGUCCUCACCGACAACGUACUUUGAUAUAGAAAAACUUAUCCAACACAAAUCCUACCCAGGAGUCAAUGAGAAAGUACCACCCAUUGCCACCACUGCUGUGGGAGCUGUUUCUGCCAUAGCUGCAGCCAUUCCUAAGCCAGCUUCAGCAGCUCAAACUGCUGAAGCUGUUCCUGUACCUACGGCAAGUGAAAUUUCACCUCUUGCAGAGGUCUGUGUGGCUGCAGUGGAAACAACACCUAUCAUUGGAAUCACUGCUAAACCUGCUGUAGAAGCUGCAGCACCAGUUGCAGAGGUCACAGCUGAAGCUAGGUCUAUUGAUGAAACAGCAACAGAAGUCACUUCCUCUGUUAAUGAAGCUGUGGGUAAAACUGUACCUGCAGAAGAAACUUCACCAAUUGCUGAAACAACUGCUCCUGCUGUAUGCAUUAUUGAAGCUGUACCUUUUGCUGAGGCUGCUGCUGUGGUAGUUGAAAGUGCACCUGUUGCAGAAGCCCCAAUUGCUGCUUGCACAGCUGAAGCCAUACCCAUUUCAGAAGCUACCCCAGAAGCUGUUUGCCCUGUUCCUGAAGCAACUCCUGCAGAACUUGUUGCAGAAGUCACAUCUCAAGCAGCUCAUGCAGAAGUUGCUCCAGAACUUACCGAUAAUGCUUCCCCUACAGAGUUUGCCCCGGAAGUUGUAGCUGAAGCAAUUCCUGCUGCAGUUUCCCCAGAAUCUACCCCAGAAGAUAUGGCAGAAACAGCCACAACAUCAGUUGCCCCAGAGUCUACAGUUAAAGCAGCCCCUACAGUUGCCCCAGAGGUUACACCUGAAGCAUCUAAUGCUGCAGUUGCCACAGAAUCUACUCCAGAAUUCAGGGCCGAAAUAACCACCAUGCCAGUUGCCCAAGACUCUACAGUUGAAGCAGCUCCUACAGAAGUUGCCCCAGAAGUUACACCUGAAGCAUAUAAUGCUGCAGUGGCUACAGAAUCUGCUCCAGAAGUCAGGGCAGAAACAACCACCAUGCCAGUUGCCCCAGAGUCUACAGUUGAAGCAGCUCCUACAGAAGUUUCCCCAGAAGUUACACCUGAAGCAGCCACUUCUGCAGUUGCCACAGAAGAUACCCCAGACGUUAUGGCAGAAACAACCACCACAUUAGUUGCCCCAGAGUCUACAGUUAAAGCAGCCCCUACAGUUGCCCCAGAGGUUACACCUGAAGCAUCUAAUGCUGCAGUUGCCACAGAAUCUACUCCAGAAGUCAGGGCCGAAAUAACCACCAUGCCAGUUGCCCAAGACUCUACAGUUGAAGCAGCUUCUACAGAAGUUGCCCCUGAAGUUACACCUGAAGCAUCUAAUGCUGCAGUGGCUACAGAAUCUACUCCAGAAGUCAGGGCAGAAACAGCCACCAUGCCAGUUGCCCCAGAGUCUACAGUUGAAGCAGCUCCUACAGAAGUUUCCCCAGAAGUUACACCUGAAGCAGCCACUUCUGCAGGUGCCACAGAAGAUACCCCAGACGUCAUGGCAGAAACAACCACCACAUUAGUUGCCCCAGAGUCUACAGUUAAAGCAGCCCCAACAGAAGUUGUCCCAGAAGUCACAACUGAAACAGCCCCAACUGAAAUUGAUCCUGAAGUUAUGACAGAAGUGACCCCUACAGAAUCUGCCCAAGAACUUGCAGUGGAAGCACCUCCCUCAGAAAUUGCAACUGAAGCUUUAUCUUCUCUAGAACCUGAGGCUUUCCCAGUAACAGAAGCUGUUGUUGAGGCUGUACUAGAAGCUGCUGCUGAAGCAGUAACUGAAGUCAUUGAAGAAACUGUCCCUGUUAAAGCUGUUGCUGAAGUAGUGGAAGCGAUUGUUGAAACUGUAGCUGAAGUUGCUGAUGUUGUCAGUGAAGCAGAGAAGCAGGAAGACAUUGUCACUGUGAUCACAGAUGCAGCAGAACCUCCUGUUGAAGUGGAUGCACCUGAGGCUGGCUUGGACCCUAUUCAGAAACUCUUUUUGGAUUCCAUUCGCAGCUAUUCCACAAUGAGCAUGGGAACUAGUGCUCUAGUUGAUACAGGUCCUGAAUACCACAAGUCUCUGGCUGAGGAAAUUACCAAACUACAAAGACUAUAUGGUGGUGGAGACAUGGAAUCAUUCCCAGAGUUUAAUUUCCCUGACCCAAAGCUGGAUGAUGUGUACACCAAGUAAACAAUUUUAUCACACCAUUACACCACCAUGUGCCCCAGCCUGGGACAAAUACGAUGACCUCGGUUGAGCUUUUUAAUAUAUAGAGACUGUGAAGUCUUUCCAACAUUCAGAUAAAAAGCCUGUCUAUGUAUCCAUAUCGAAUUACAGUACAGGUUAGGAGAAACAUUAUUUGCAUUUACACUCUGCAAUUUUCUGCAUUUUACCUUCUAGGUUUCUAUGAUUGGAAAAGGAACUGAAUUAAUAUAUCUACUGUAUGUGUGUACUGUGUUUCUGUGUGUCAAACCUGGUUCUGGAUCUUUACUGAAAAUUUGUGGAAAAUAAACUUUUGUGAUGUUCUAAAAA